AAACCCAGAAAAGAGAUGGGUUUGCGGCCCCAAAUGGCCUCCACUCUCGGGGCUCUUCCACCACAGCCAGGAAAAAGAAAAGAGGAGAAAAGAAAAAGAAAUCCAGGAAAAUCUGAAAAAGAAUGGGAAAACAUGGGAAAAAGAAAAGCAACAAAAUGAGAGGCUGUGAGGUAUAAUACAAGUGGGCUUUGAUUGGCUGGUUGACACAGUUAUUCUUUUUUAUGGAAGUAUGAAAAACUACUUGCAGGCUCUCAUUGAGAGAGCAAGGGCUUUGAAUGAAAAGGUCAGUGAUGAAAUCAACACCAGUUGCAGCAGCUUCUGCAGGUGUUGCUCAGAAAGUGGUUGCUAUUGUGGAGAUGCAGAGACCCCAUUUGAGGAGAGGCAGAGAUUGAUUGCCAUUGGAGACUCAUUGAAGAAUGUUGAGAAAAUGCUUGUGUUUUUACAGAAAUUAGAAUCAUGGCAGCAGAUGGAUCAAAAUUCAGCACUUGCCCAGUUGGAAGAAAGCAGGCUAUUUCUCAUCCAGAAGGUAACACAGCAUCAAGGAAGAUCACUUCAAGUGUUGGAAGAGUUGAAUGCACUGUUUGGCAAUGGAGAAAGUGGUUUCGGCUGGAAUUUGAAAGAGAAAAUGGAGGAAAAGGGCGAUGCUGACAAUGGGCAGAAGAGGAGUUCCAAUUUUUUCAUUUCUUGCUUUCAGAUUUUGGCCCAUCCAUGGAAAUGGCAGAAGGCAGCUGGAGUUGCAGUGAGAUUGAUUGCGGUUUCGGCCAGCAUUUCAUCUACAAUCCAUUUAUACAGAACCAGGCAACAGUACAGGACCUCCCAAACAAAGUUUCUGGCAUUGAUGAAUUCAAAAGAAGCUGGGAAAAAUGAGUUUCUAUUCACCACCCCAAACAGUCCUUUAGAUGUGUUCUAUGGCAGAGGAUGAUUCUUAUUCUUUUUUCUUCCUUUUUCCUUUUUAAUGGCAUGGAGUGGAUUCAAAGGGCAUUGUAGAAGUGGAAUUUCUUGGUUUAAUUUGUUGGAAGGCUUUGAAAUUUGUUCUCAUUUUCUA